AUGACCAAUAUUCUGAGACCUUCUGCCCUUGUUCCAGGAUCCAUCGAACGAGACGCUGAACGCAUCUCUGAUAGGCGCGAGCACUCUCGUGAAGAGAGGAUGACCAACCCAGAGCCUCAGUCGGUGUUGAAUGACGCCGAGUUUGGUCGCGUGGAUCCUACGGGCUGGUUUCCACACUAUAAAAAUUGUGUUCAGCACUUUGUCGACUAUAGCCAGCACACAACCCAAGUGCAGUCCAUUUCCGCGUUCAUCAAUAUUCGACUACCCUGCCAGCAACCUUCGGGGUCUAGCGCAUCAAUGUCUCCCUCGACGCCAUCACCAUUUAUCUCACUGCGGCCAUAUAUCAGACGAUUGAUUGUGACGGCGCAGGAUUCACCGGCUGUUAUGCAAGGCUUCUUCGGUGCUGACUGGGAGGCGGGCGUGGGUUGUAUCUACAAACAAGAGCGGGUUAACUAUCUGUUUACGGCGAAGAGCAGUGGGUGGGCAUCUACUAAGGCUGCCUAUGACAUUUCUCCGGCCGAAGAGACCCCCUUCUUGAGGCCCCUGCGUGAUCCCUCGGAGGAUGAGAUUCGAGUGGCCGAGGCGCGGUGGAGUGAAUGGCUAGCAAUGGAGGAUUGGAUGAUCGGAGCGCGCAGUCCCUGGUAG